ACUCUCAGCAUCCGAGGAGGAGAAUGGCUUUGGAUAUUGAGUCAUGGGAGCGAACAUUUCAAGAACUGAUCCAACAGAAGAAACCCCGGGCCAGAUGGACACUGAAGUUGGAUGAGAAGCUUCAGCCAGACUGUGUGGCCCCAGAGUGGAAGCAAUACCAGCAGAGAGCCUUUGGCAGCUUCCGGUGUUCCUCAUGCCAGAGAAGAUGGGCUUCUGCCAGAGUGCAGGUCCUCUGCCACAUGUACCGGGUGCAACCGAUGUCCCAGGGGAAGGUGCUCAUGCGACUCUUUGGUCAGAGGUGUAAAAAGUGUUACCUGUCCCAAUAUGAGAAGCCCGAGUUCUCUUCCAAGAGCGCCAUGAGGAUUCUGCACAAUCUGGUGCAGCAUAUACUGGAGAGAUGCUAUAGCAAGGGCAUCAGGACGUUUCCAGAGAUACCCGUGACUGUGGAAGUGCCUCUGCGAGGGUCCCACGACACAGCCAACUGCGAGGCCUGUGCUCUGCACAUCUGUACGUGGCGCUCACGAAGCCUCAGGACAAAGCCAACCACAUCCCCCCUCCCCCACCCAGAGAGUGGGAGUUCCUUACCUCCUGUUGGUAAUGCGUUUGUCCAAAACCGACCCAGGAACGAGUCAGCUGACACAAGAUCGGCUCAGGGAAGUGGGCUUAACUGUGUUCUUAUGGUGUCACAGCCCAGCCAUGCCACUGCUAGGGCCCAAGAGUCUGAGGCAGGCCCACAGGCCACACAGGGGAGCAGUCCACAGGCCACACGGGGCACAGACUCACAGCCCAUACUAGUAGCAGGGUCACUAUCCACAGGGUCGGCAGACACGCAGCCUGCACAAGUGGUGGGUCCCCUACAUACAAAUCCACAGGCCACACGGGGCCUUCAGGCUGCAGGGAGGGCAGCCCCCCAGGCCACACAGGGGUCAGCCCCACAGGCCACACGGGGGUCGGCCGCACAAACUACAUGGGGAACAGACUCACAGAUCACAUUCGCCCAAGCUUAUUACCUUGCAGUCAUCUUUAACUUCUCCUCCCUGUCACCAACACUUAUUGUCCUUUCUUUUGUUGGCUGCUAG